AUGUCCGUUUCCAGCAUAGCAAGAUCAAUCAACCUACCGAAUAUCGUUGCAACCAUCAAAAAGUACUCAAGAUUCAUAGGCCCUGGCCUUAUGGUAAGUGUGGCAUUUCUAGAUCCGGGAAACUAUUCAACUGCAGUCUCAGCAGGAAAUGCCUACAAAUACAGCUUAUUAUUUUCCAUACUAUUAUCAAAUUGCCUUGCAAUCUUUUUACAAACACUAGCGGCAAAACUUGGUGCCGUCACAGGGUUGGAUCUAGCCGCCAACUGCAAAGCUCAUUUCCUGUUUAGGACAAAUCUCGUACUAUAUAUUAUGACUGAAAUUGCCAUAAUUGCAACCGACUUGGCUGAAGUGGUAGGAACAGCUAUUGCAUUGAAUAUUUUAUUUAAAAUUCCAUUGUUUUUGGGAGUUAUUGUCACUGUCAUUGAUGUGUUAAUUGUCUUAGCUGCAUAUAGGCCAAAAGGACCCCUUUUAUUUAUUCGCAUUUUUGAAUCCUUUGUUUCAAUAUUGGUUGCUGCUACGGUUGUUUGCUUUGGAAUCCAAUUGUAUCAGGUUAGUCACGAUAAAUCGAUAAAUUUCUCCACUAUUGAGGUGCUAAAAGGAUUUCUUCCAAAUGAAAAAGUUGUUGAUAUGUCAGAAAGAGAAGGUGGAAAUGGGUUAUUUUUAAGUUUGGCGAUAUUGGGUGCCACUGUAAUGCCUCAUUCCCUAUACCUUGGGUCCGGAUUAGUUCAGUCAAGGUUGAAGGAUUAUGAUAUAAAAAAUGGAUUUUACAAGCCAUGGACGAAGGGAAAUAAUAAUAAGCAUUCACCUUUAUCAGCAGUAACCACAAGUGAUGAAAUAACCAUCAACCCAGGAGAACAUGAAUCAAGUGAUCAAGAUUUGAUCCCUGUACACCCCGAAAUACAGAACCUGCCGCCUCCUGCAUUUGAAAGAGAUGCCGAUUCAACCACACUUGAAGAAGACGAAGAGGACGAUUAUAGGCCAUCGAUCCAUGCGAUUAAGGACACAAUGUCAUACACAAUAAUCGAAUUGGUGAUAUCACUAUUUACAGUGGCAUUGUUUGUGAACUCGGCCAUUUUGAUAGUGGCUGGAGCUACCCUCAAUAGCUCGAAAGUCGACCAACGGGACGAUCAUGACGAUGGAAAUGACUCUGAUUAUGAUUCCGAUCAAGAUGACAACUACGAAAAUGCUGAUUUGUUUACAAUUUAUCAUUUAUUAUCCAAGCACUUAUCCCCCACGGCUGGAUUUGUGUUUGCUUUGGCAUUGUUGUGCUCUGGUCAAAGUGCCGGUGUCGUGUGUACUUUAGCUGGACAAAUGGUUUCUGAAGGGUUUUUAUCAUGGAGUUUACCACCCAUCACCAGAAGACUUAUCACUCGUGGAAUGGCAAUUGCGCCGUGUUUAUUUGUUGUCACUUUCGCUGGUAGAGAGGGACUAGCAAAGACGUUAAAUGCCAGUCAAGUUGUAUUAUCGUUGCUUUUGCCGAUUGUUAGUGCUCCUUUGAUUUGGUUCACUUGCAAUAAACAAACUAUGAGAGUGCCCAUUUACGUUCGAGAUGGUGACGAGGAUAUUGAUUUUGCAGCUAAUAUGUUUGACGAUGAAAUCGGCAAUGUGGCACCUGUCAAUACUCAAAUCAAUCCCAAGAGAUUUACCAGUUCAGAGCCAGCAAUUAGACUUCAAGAUUUGCGCAAGUCACACCCUUGUGCUGGAUGGGAAGAUGACGAUGAAGAGGAAGAAGGUAAUCGACACGAUCCAUUGACCAGUAAUUACAAUGAGGAAAGCCAACGAUUGAUUGAUGGUGAUGUCGACUCUGGUACUGAAGGAGAGACGUAUGCUCAGCCCCAUAGUAAGAUAAAGACAAGGUCAAACUCAAUCGCCCUGGUUUCUAAUCCAGCAGUUUCUGAUUCAAGCCUUGGAUCAUCGUCACUGUCGCCGAAAGUCUUGACUACUGACACCGAAGAUGAGUACUUCGAUGAUGAUAACUACAGAGUCAAAGGCUAUAAAGAUUUCAGUAACUCUACCUUGACGUCGGUGUUUGCUGUUUUGAUUUGGAGUUUUAUUACGUUGCUAAAUGUCUACUUGGUGGUAAAUAUGACAAUAGAUGUAUAA